AUGAGCUUCAAGACGACGAAUGACCUGAAGAUCCACUGCAACCUGCUGGAGCAUCAGCACACCCAUUCCGGUGAGCGCCCCUACACCUGCGCCCAGUGUGGCAAGGGCUUCACCCACUCCACCAGGCUGCUGUCUCACCAGCGGGUGCACUCCAGCGAGAGGCCCUUCGGCUGCUCCGACUGCGGCAAGAGCUUCAAGACGACGCAAGAGCUGAAAGUCCAUCGGCGGGUGCACACGGGCGAGAAGCCCUAUGGCUGCUCCACCUGCGGCAAGAGCUUUACCCGGUUGUCAGGGCUGUGGGUGCACCGGCGGGUGCAUAGCAGUGAGCGGCCCUUCACUUGCUCCGAGUGCAGCAAAGGCUUUAAGUCGUCGCCAGAACUGAAGGUGCACAGGCGCCUACACACCGGGGAGCGACCCUACACCUGCAGUGACUGCGGCAUGGGCUUCACCCACUACCAAAGCCUGCUGGAUCACCGGCGCACCCACACCGGCGAGCGCCCCUACACCUGCGCCCAGUGUGGCAAGGGCUUCACCCGCUCCAACAACCUUGCGUCCCACCAACGCACCCACAGCGGGGAGAGGCCCUACACCUGCGCCCAGUGUGGCAAGGGCUUCACCCGCUCCACCAAGCUGCUGGAGCACCAGCGCACCCACACCGGCGACCGCCCCUACACCUGCGCCCAGUGCGGCAAUGGCUUCACCAGCUCCACUAGGUUGCUGUCUCACCAACAGGUGCACGAUGGCGGAGAGCACUUUGCCAUGGCCUCCCACACCCUGGCUCACCUGCGUGUGCACACCAGUGGCCAGCCCUACGACUGUCCGUGCUGCAGUGAGGUGUUUGACUGCUCGCAGGGGUUGCGGCAGCACCCCCUGCGAGCCCAUGCCGGUGAGCAGCUGCUCCCACAGCGGCAAGUGUUUCAAGAGACCACAGGGGCUGCGGGAGCAUCAACAGAUACACACCGGGGAGAGACCCUUUGUGUGCGCUGA